AUGAAUGGGUCUUAUUUCACUUUGAAUGUUGAUGAUAAAAAAGCUGUUUUCAAAUCAUACAAAGACAAGGAAUGUAAAAUACUAGACACUGAAAAGUAUGAAGAAGACACUUUUAAUGAGUGUUUAGGGUCAGGUUCUUAUAGAACAAAAUACUAUGGCCAGAAGUUGUAUGUCCAUAAAGAAGAAACGUAUAUCGAAACAUUUAUCAAAAAUAAGUGCUAUGUAAAUCCAAUAGAUGAUACAAAAUAUGUUAUAAUCAAAAACGAUGAAAAGAUGUACACAGCUGACACUUGUAAAAAUAUCAGAGAUUCAUCAACAGAAGUUUCUAAUUAUAAAAAUGAAAUACUCGAGACGUUCCCUUCUUAUUAUUACAGAGAUGUUUAUUAUGGAAAGAAUGACUGCAACAUAACAGCAAACUUGGAUAUGAUAACACCAUAUGCAGAUAUGUAUUUCAUUAAGAAUAAUACAUGUAAACUGUUUUUCAAAAGUCGGUAG